AUGAGCUCGACUACAGUUGAGACUGUCGUGAAGCCUUCCAAGGCAAACAUUGCCGUCUUCACGAAUCCCGCCCACAAGCUAUGGAUCAACGAGGCAGAACCAACAGUGGAGGAUGUGCAGAAGGGAGAGAGCCUGAAACACGGUGAAGUCACUGUUGCUAUCAAGAGCACUGGGAUAUGUGGCUCCGACGUCCACUUCUGGCACGCAGGAUGCAUCGGACCUAUGAUCGUAGAGGGAGAUCAUAUCCUGGGACACGAAUCUGCUGGCCAGGUUAUCGCGGUGCAUCCGUCGGUGACACACCUAAAAGUUGGAGAUCGAGUCGCGAUAGAACCGAACAUCAUUUGCAACGAAUGUGAGCCUUGCCUAACGGGCCGUUACAACGGUUGCGAGAAGGUCCUAUUCCUAUCGACACCCCCGGUUCCGGGCCUAUUAAGGAGAUACGUAAAUCACCCAGCCAUCUGGUGUCACAAGAUUGGAAAUAUGUCAUACGAGAACGGAGCGAUGUUAGAGCCUCUCAGCGUCGCACUAGCUGGUAUGCAAAGAGCCGGUGUUAAUCUUGGUGACCCGGUACUGGUUUGCGGUGCUGGGCCGAUCGGAUUAAUCACAUUGCUCUGCUGUCAAGCUGCUGGAGCUUGCCCUCUAGUCAUCACCGACAUCGAUGAAGGACGACUGAAAUUCGCCAAGGAGAUCUGCCCGUCAGUCAUAACGCACAAAGUAGAGAGGGCGAGUGCCGAAGAUUCGGCUAAGAAGAUAAUAGAAUCUUUCGGUGGCAUCGAACCGUCUCUGGCUAUAGAGUGCACUGGGGUGGAGAGCAGCAUAGCAUCGGCCGUCUGGGCUGUUAAAUUCGGAGGCAAGGUAUUCAUCACCGGUGUUGGAAAGAACGAAAUCAACUUCCCCUUUAUGCGAGCUAGCACUCGAGAAGUUGACGUAGAGUUCCAAUACCGAUACUGCAACACGUGGCCUCGAGCUAUUCGCUUGGUCGAGAAUGGCGUAGUAGACCUCUCAAAGCUUGUUACUCAUCGAUUCAAGCUUGAAGAUGCUCUUGACGCCUUCAACACGGCAGCGGACCCCAAGACGGGAGCCAUUAAGGUCCAAAUUCAAACAAUGUCGUCCGCUCUCGCACGUCCCCUGCUUCGGCAAUCAGGAGCUUGGGGUCGCAUGGCGGCCCGAAGGUUCGAGUCGACCACCACCGCUAAGGCUUCCGAGGCGGCUAAGGAGACGGCCAAGGAGACUGCAUCCAAAGCUUCUUCGAACGCUUCCCAGACUGCCUCUCAAUAUGCGGCAAAGGCGUCCGAAUACACAGCGAAGGCAACCGAGUACUCGACUAAGGCAGCGCAGGGUCUCUCGAGGGUCACCUCGACGGCUGGACCGGCUAUUGCAGGCGCCGCCAAGGGAAUUGCGAACUCGCUGGGCAAAGUUGGUGGUCGCACCGGAAGAUUAGUCGCAUUUUUUGAGAGAUCAGUACCUACGAUUGUCUACUACUCCAAGGUCGGCUCGGAACUCGCCAAGAUCGUCUUCAGGGGCCAGAAUAUGUCACCACCUUCUCUUACUACUGUCCAAAGCUACUGGCAGAACGUGUUAAAGUCCGCGAAGAACCCGAACUCUCUACUUCAGAAGGCAUCCAAGAUUGCAGAUCAGCCCGCCACUAUCAUCCAGCAAGCGAGAAAUAUUAGCAGAGCCCAACUUAUUACUACCGGCGUUCUGCUUGCGGAAUGCCUUGGCUUUUUCACCAUCGGUGAGAUGAUCGGUCGCUUCAAGAUAAUUGGGUACCACGGCGGCUCUCAAGCCGAGCACCACUAA